AUGGCACUUGCUAAAGAGGUUGAAAGGUUGAUUUUUCAUAAUUCAUCAAAUGGAACAAAUCCUGCAAUAGCACCAGCAUCAAUGUGGAAUCGUCAAGAUAUUAUGGAAUUCAAGACUGCUAUCCGGAAAGAAGGUAGUGAAAGCAUCAUUAAAGUUGGACAUGGUGAAACAGUAACGGUUCGUGUACCAACUCAUGAGGAGGGCAGUUGUUUGUUUUGGGAAUUUGCAACCGAUCAUUACGAUAUUGGUUUUGGUGUUUUUUUUGAAUGGACAAUUUCUCAAACAAAUCGUGUGAGCAUUUUUAAAGUAUCAGUUCACGUGUCGGAAUCGUCCGAUGAAGAGGCAGACGAAGAGUUUUUGCAAGUAGAGUUAAGGACCAGUGACGUAGAAAGCGGUAGUUCUGUAAGGGAAAAGGAAACUGAUCAGAACAAACCACAUGUCGAUGAAAUUGUCCCCAUUUAUCGACGUGAUUGUCAUGAAGAGGUAUACGCUGGUAGUCACGUAUAUCCAGGACGAGGUGUAUAUUUGUUGAAAUUUGACAAUUCGUAUUCUUUGUGGCGAUCUAAAACGUUGUAUUAUCGAGUGUAUUACAGCAGCUGA